AUGCAGAAUAAACGUACCUUCAGUGGCGACUUUACAUUUGAAGUGAACGAGAAGGUUGUCUCUAUAGUAGCUAAAGAAACUGGCUUUCAAGGCAUUGAACCACAAGCACUGGAAGCGCUUUCAAGCCUACUAGAUUCAUACUUGGACAAGAUGCUAUCCUCUGCUCACCGAUUUGCAGAGCUGGGCAAUAGGGCAAAACCAAAUAUACAUGAUAUCACUCGAUCACUAGAAAACGCUGGCGUAGAGAUAUCCAAUUUCAAAGAGUACCUCAACACCAAAGUAAACGAUACAAAGACAGCUAAAUUAAAGAAAAAGUACUUCAAGACACAAAAGACAACAUCCACACUAGAGACAAUACCGAAUUUCCUGCCAUCCGAUAAUGAAGAUUCAGAAGAUGAAGCAGAGGAUCACACAACAGAAGGCGGUAUGCCUACCUAUGUGAAGUAG